AUGUUCGACAUAGACUGGCUCAGUCUAGCCGUCCCCCUCGUCUACCUGGGUAUUCUACUGGGAUCGCUAGCAACAUUCUCUUCGCUUUACCGCAAGCGCAAGGCCCACAAGGCUGCUACUUUAGAACCAUGGUUCCCCGCUCACCUCCAGCGCGACAUUUACUUCUCCCUCCUCCACCUCGAGCCCUCGGCAUCCUCCACAAAAGAGAAGAAGGCCCCCACCAUCCCCGAUUCCGUCCUGAAGGCUUCUCUCCUUCGUCGCGCUUCUGAAGAUAUCCGUCGCAUUAUGGCGCUCCGCAGCCAGAAGCAGGCGCUUGCUAUGCUUCUCCAACGUGGAAGUGUUGGCGAUGAUCUCUGGCAGCGAUUCCAGCGCGCGGAGAAGGAGAUGGAAGAUGAGGUUAAGGAUGUUGUUUCAGAGGCCAACGCAUACGCUCCUGGCUGGGGUCAGACUAUCUUCCAGUCUGCUAACGAGAUGAUGAAUAAUGAUAUCUACCGCAAGCGCAUGGAAGAGCAACAGAGCAAGACCGAGGAGGAACGCCAAUGGUGGGCCAAGAAGAAGACUAGCAUCCAGGAAAGCUUCAUGAAGGAGUUGGACGACAGCCCUUCUGAGCCUGCUACCCCCGCUAAAACCCCGGCAAAGCCCCUUGAAAAUGCACCGGCAUCCCCUGCCCCUGCUGCCUCUGUUCAAGGCAGUGAUGACGAUGCGGUGCUUGUUGAGGCUGAUCCUUCGACAAACACCCCUGCUUCUCCUGCCUCACCAGCAGGCGGGGGAAAGAAGAAGAAGAACAAGGGCAAGAAAUAG